AUGACAGCUUCUGUCGAUGCUGCCUUGACCCUCACAGAAGCUGUAGGCUGGGGAUCACCUGCGAUGUCUACCCCUCAACUUCAAGAACUCUCUGUAGCAUCGCAGGAGCGACAAACACCGCUACAGCUCGUCAGUCCACUAUGGAAAUUCUCCGCGGCAUUUUCGUCGCAAGUGCUUCUUGUGGGGUUUCUAGUUCUGCCUCUAGCAUUCGGGGAUGACGAAGCCGAGUUCCCUGCGAAUAAGACACCCACGACAAUCGCAGCUUUCAUCCUCAUCGCCAUUGCAUACUCUUUGUCGCUCGCAGUCGUCUGCUUUCAGUCUCAGGACCGCAAUUUCCUGCUUUAUUCUCUGUUUCUACCUUGCCUGGGUUCAAACCUCCUCGCUCUCUUGAACGUCCUGCUCAACGUCAUUUGUCGAAAUCUGCUCCCUAUGGGCAGCCUGGAAAUCGUCAGCCUUGGCCUUUCCAGCACCUUCGCUUUUCUUUCUGGCCUUGGAGCUUUAUGUGCCUAUGCGUGGGACAUCCCCGGUUUAUCUCGAGCGGGUCAUCGCCAUAGCCCGCACUUGACUGAUGAAGAGAUGCAGCGCCAGCAAUUACAGCGACUUUUAGAACCAGAGUCCUCUCAGAAGAAGCGAAGCUCCAAGAUGUACCACAAGACAUUCCAAGUCAAGGCUCCCGAGCUGGUUAAUCCUGGCAAGGGCUGGGAUACCUUCAUACCUCCUCCUCGGGAGGAGAAUUAUUUUCGAUGA